UUUAAUUUUAACAUAAUAAUAUUAUUAAACAAUAAAUGUCAACAAUAUCAAAAUAUUCAAGGCAACAUAUAAACUCUCACUAUAUCUUUAUUUGGUGUUGAAGUUGGAUUGGCAAAUCGAAAAAAUAUAAUGGAAUAUUGAGAAAGCUAUUCCGAAAAAUCGUUGUAAUAGAAUUUCAAAAUGAUCACCAGCUUAACACAUGUAUCCAAAAAAUUUGAAGAGGGAUCUUUGAAACAACCCUUAACAGCAUUAUCUAGUGUUAGAGAAGUGAAAAACAGGAGUAACAAUUUUCAAAGAAAUUCAAAAACCACUUGUAAUAUUGAAGGUUUAACGAAUAUGAAUGGUGAAAGGGAUGUGAGUACAGAAACGGGAAAUAAACAUAAUAACAAGAGUGAAAAUGAAGAAAAACCUAUUCGUUAUUAUGAAAAGUAUAAAGUAUGGCUCUGGGAGUUUGAAACUCCGAUUAUCUGGUAUAGUGUAUUCUUCAUAGUAUUGUGGCACAUUUUAGCUGUCUAUGUUGUACUAACAUAUCCACUAACUGAGAAGAUUUCUUUAGCACUCUAUGCUACAUGGAUUGGGGGAAUGUCAGGAUUCGGUGUAACAGCAGGAGCACAUCGAUAUUUCACACACAGGUCAUUCAAGGCAAAGCUCCCAUUGAAACUAAUUCUUCUUAUGUGUUAUAGUAUUGCAGGCCAAAAUAGUCUUUACGACUGGGUACGUGACCACAGGGUGCAUCAUAAAUUCACUGAAACCAAUGCAGACCCACACAAUGCGAACAGAGGAUUCUUUUUUUCACAUGUAGGUUGGUUGAUGAUGCGCAAACAUCCAGAUGUUAUAAAAAAGGGCAGAACGCUGGAUCUAAGUGAUCUGACCGAGGAUCCGCUAGUCGUUUUUCAUGUCAAAUACUGGAUAAUUUUCAAGUUAUUCUUCUGCUUCCUUUUGCCGUCUUCAAUUCCUCCGCUAUUAUGGGGAGAAAGUUGGUAUCUUAGCUUUGCCACUAUUUGCAUUGUUAGGUAUAUCAUAUCUCUAAAUGCCACAUGGGCAGUUAAUAGUUUUGCUCAUUUCUAUGGCAACAGACCCUACGACAAGAGAAUUUACUCAGUAGAAAAUUCUGUCGUUUCCUUCUUCGCUAUGGGAGAGGGCUACCAUAACUACCAUCACACGUUUCCUUGGGAUUAUAGAGCUGCUGAAUUGGGUCAGAUGUUGAAUGUAACUACACUUUGGUUGAACUUUUUCCAAAAAAUUGGCUGGGCAUAUGAUCUAAAAGCGCCACCCAAUGAACUUAUUAAGAAAGUGGCGAUAAAUCAUGGCGAUGGUACCCAUUAUAAAUGGGGUCAUGAAGUUCCUGAAACAGCAGAUCUGAUUGUGGAAGAAUUUCAGAAAAAGCAAUGACAAGAUUUUGUCAGAUUCAAAUUCAAUUUUAUCACUGAAUAUAACUCAUUAUUAUGUAUUUUUUGUUGGCACAAUUAUUUCACUAUUUGUCGUGAAAACAUCAUAGAUAUUCACAUUUAAUUAAUAUAUUCCAUAAAUUUCAAUCAAUAAUUCCUAUGUAAUGAUUUGUUGAGUAGAAAAUUAUUCCUAGAAUUUUAGUAUAUUCAUUUGUAUCGGAUGUAUCUAAAGUUGACCAAUAAAUUAUCAAUGAGAAAAUUAA